AUGAGAUAUACAAAUUAUUUAGAGCCACUUAUCAACCAAGUUAACCGUGGUCCAUUCACAGAUAGUGAGAAAAACUACAUUUAUGAAUGGGUUAGUAGUCGUCUAAAGGAUAAGGAUAGUGACAUGAUUCGAUGGGAACUUUUACAAAAUGAAAUUCAAAAAGAAUAUGGUCAAUUCCGUUUACGAAAUGAUCUUAAAUACCAAUGGAAUUGUAAGAGAAGACAAAUUUCGCGGAAGUGUAUUACAGAUACAGAAUAUCUUUCUACUCUUCAUGAAGAUGACGAAAGAACACCACAAUCUAACCUCACAGAGGAGAAAAUAAAUUGUAUGGAGCCACUUGUCGGCAAAGUUAAUCAUGAUCCAUUCUCAGAAAGUGAGAAAAGCUACAUUUAUGAAGAUUGUGACGUGUUUCGAAGGGGUAAAUUCUGUUUACGAAAUUAUCUUAAAUAUCAAUGGAAUCGUAUGAGAAGACAAAUUUCGCGGCUAUAUAAUACACCAAAUACAGAAUAUCUUCCUAUUCUUAAUGAAGAUGAUGAAAGAACACCACAAUCUAAUCUCACUGAGGAGAAAAUAAAUUGUAUGGAUCCAUUUGUCUGCAUAGUUAAUCAUGAUCCAUUCUCAUAUAGUGAGAAAAGCUACAUUUAUGAAGAUUGUGACGUAAUUCGAUGGGAACUUUUACAAAGUAAAAUUCAAAGAAAAUAUGGUAAAUUACGAAAUGCUCUUAAAUCCAAAUGGAAUCGUAAGAAAAGACAAAUUUCACGGCACAUAUUCUUUCUAAUAUUAUAA